GCCGGUGGAGAGCACACAAGCCGCUUUAGGAGCCGCAAGGUUCGGAGCCUUCGCUGCAGCCUGCGGAUCCGCUCCUAGAGUUUGACCAACCGCGCUUUAGCUUGGCUUCCCAGGCGCAGCGGAGAUGCUGUCCUGCCGCCUCCAGUGCGCGCUGGCCGCGCUCUCCAUCGUCCUGGCUUUGAGCGGUGUCACCGGCGCGCCCUCGGAUCCCCGACUCCGUCAGUUUCUGCAGAAAUCCCUGGCUGCUGCCGCAGGGAAGCAGGAACUAGCCAAGUACUUCUUGGCAGAGCUGCUGUCUGAACCCAACCAGACAGAGAAUGAUGCCCUGGAACCUGAAGAUUUGUCCCAGGUUGCUGACCAGGAUGAAAUGAGGCUGGAGCUGCAGAGAUCCACUAACUCGAACCCGGCCAUGGCACCCCGAGAACGCAAAGCUGGCUGCAAGAAUUUCUUCUGGAAGACUUUCACAUCCUGUUAGCUCUAUUAAUAAUUGCUGGCCGUAUAUGACCUCUGAUUCCUCUCCCUCAAACCCCAUCUCUCUUCCUUAGUUCCCCCAAUACUCAUAAAGACCCUCACAGUAGAAAUUGAUGAGUGUAAAUAAAUACAAAAUAAAAUUAUGAUGAAAUUAUGAAAAGCAAGA